UGCUCCUGUCACCGCAAUACCACUUGAAGCACGCCCAGCCACCUAAUCCAACAUGUUCGUGCUCUCCACCAUCAAAGAUACGAUCCCCGUCCUACCCGCGAAUUUCGGCGUCGACACUGAGGAGGCCCUCAUUAAUGAAAUUAACAAAAAAUAUGCUAACAGAGUCCUGCACGAUGUUGGCCUGUGUAUUUGUUUGUUCGACCUUGCUGAGGCUGGUGAGGGGAAAGUGCGUUAUGGCGAUGGGUGUCAUUGGUACAAAGUAAAGUUUCGCAGUGGUCGUGUCAUCCUUGCAAAAGUCAAGUCUUCUGAUGAAGACGGUAUUCGAUUAAGUCGAUAUGUCCCUUCAACUCCCACUCUGACUGCUUCCUAUAGCGACCCGAACGAAAGGGCCCAUUUCUGGCUUCCUGAUUCGGAGGCGACCACUGCACACGAAUUACUAGAAUCUCUAACUGCUGAACGUAUGUAUGUUGAUCAGGGAGAUAUUGUUCGAGUCAGAGUGGAAGCAGACGAGUUCUAUGAUGACGAACCCGGUCCACCCAAGGCGACAGACGGCGUCGCCGUUAAGCGAGAGGCACGCAGGCCACCGUACACUAUCACAUGUUCAAUAGCAGAACAGGGACUAGGCCCUGUGUCUUGGUGGAAAAGCGCGCAGCCCGAAGCAGAAGUCAUGGAUGAUACAUGACGAUAUGCCCACUAGAUUGCACCGCGGCAGCUUCCGCUGAAUGUACUUGGAUGGCAUGCCUGCCUACCGGGGCUACUCUUCAACAGAUGCAAGCGGCGAUACCGGUGCCAGUCAGGUAGUAAUGACCUCGCUAGCGCUGACAGGUUGUUUUCACCGGUCAGAACUGACAUCUAAUAGUUGCCUACCAUGAUAAUGUUGUAAUUAUAUUGUCAUUUAGUGGCAUUGGAAACUUCAAUGUGACUUCCCAAGUUGACCGACCCAUUUUACUUCUAGUGUAGUCUGCAAUUACAUGUACUAGUACCAAUGAUUCUGCGAUGAAGCC